AUGGAAGGCAUCCACCAAGAUGAUUUAUCCAACCUCCCAUGCCAUGGGUCUUUAGUACAGGAUAUUCGCCUAGAAGACCUUCCUUUGGAAGACAGACUUCCCUUGGAGGAUAUGAUAACUACUGCAGAAAGGGAGAUCAUCUCACAUCCUUGUAUACAAGAUGAUGAAAUACCGGAUGUCAUUGUCACUGAGCUUCGGUCAUGGAAGAAGAGCCAUCAUCACCACAGCUCUCGACGCCAUCGGAAAUGCAGGCUCGAUGAGCUGGCCAAACCCAAGGUCAACCACCAGAUCAUCGUGGACAGGCCUUCAGUAUAUUGGACCGAUAAGAUGCAACCAGAUACUACCCUCAGUGUGACUUUUCCUAUUGUGACACCAAGACUAGAAGAGCUCUCUAGACCCAAACACUUCUAUUCAACCUACUAUAAUGAAAGCAGGUCCACACCUAUUUGGCCCAUUUCUCGGGCAUCACUCGAGGCCAAGGCUUCACCUCGUCUGAAAGUGCUUGCGUAUCCAAAGAUUCGGAACAACAUCUGGGUCAUUGAUCCUUCUGAGAUCCAGGUAUCAAAGGCAGCACAACUGGCCCGAGCUGGACCUCGGACCCUGGAGCUGGCUGCCCCCAAAAGCAAAAGCCUGUCAACUACUGAAUGGUUCAUCGCACAAAAGACCAAGCAGCGCCCUCCAGACUUUGACCGGAUCUACAACUUGGCUAUGCCCAAGAUGCUUGCCACUAACUACGCCUAUGACAAACCCUGCUCCUGGGUGAUCUCAGAGGGUACCAAGAAUGCUGUGGCCAGUAAACGGAUCCUGUAUUUGGCCAAGCCCAAGGAGCGGAAAGAUUGCAAUGAGGGCCAUGACCCCUACUGCAUCUCAGUGGCUGCCAUGAGGGCGGAGCCAUCUCCCCGAAUCUAUGAGCUUGCCACUCCUAAAAGGGUAGCCAGAAAAAUCUAA